CUCCAACCGUGCACUGCUUGCUUAGCAAACUAUUGGUAAUUGUUUGCAGCAAAGCUGGGCUCUGUGGCUUGAGGAAUUUGGAAUCGGUUGCAGCCUUACAGCCCAACCAACAAAGGGGCGGGCUCACGGCCCGCGCUCUACUGCUCUUGCAAUUUGAAUCAGAGAUGCCAAGGGGCCUGAAGGUUUCAAAUUGCCGACCUCAGGCUCGUAACUCGUUUCUCCAUCACAAUGCCUCUGUCUGUCUGCAUUUGGGAUGUGUCUCAACGCCGUUGGCCGCUUGGAAUUCCAAAGACUCGAAGCAUGGCCAGAUGGGCAUCUCACGAACGCCUCGUUGGCACCAUCUACCAGCAGUGUUGUCCCGCAUGUACGGCGAUUCCUUCAUGAUUUGGUGUGAAGAUAUGUGCCUUCCUUCUGCGCGGGGCCACAGACACACACCUGCAGUCUUGAAGCGCAGGCCCCUGCCAACAAAACGGCCCCCAAACCCCAAACCCCAAACAUUCCUGCAGGUCUGCAACAAAUCGGUCUCUCUUUCACCAGUACAAAAAGUCGGCUUCAUUCUGCCCAUCUAUGCCUCUUCAGGGAUUUCACGCGAGGGCAGAGAAGAGGAGGCGCCUGCAUUCAUCAUGAUGGGUUAAAUCUGUUCAUUCGAUUUUUCUCUGAAUUUUCUCCGCAAUCUACGAGGUAGGGCAUCACGCAUACAAAGCAUGCUGGCCCAUUUAGAUCGCGAGCGGAGCGGAGUUCGCAUGGCAGUUAAUUGUUAAUAAUUGCCGGCUGCGAUCCUUCGCGUUUCGCUGCGCUUGCUCGAUCCGAACCAUGUCAACCAGUCACUGGACAUAGGCAGCUGGCAGAAAGUCGACGAGAGGCUCAGUCACUCCUUUCCCCCCACUUCCAAUCUUGGCCAUUUCAAAAU